AUGUCUUUCCAGGAUCGAGCCCAGCAACAGAUCUCUCAGAUCGAUAAGGAGCUUUCCAAGUACCCCGCCCUCAACAGCUUUGAAAAACAGACCAAUGUUCCCAAAGUCUACGCCUUCCUCGGCCUCGUUGGCCUCUACUUCUUCCUAGUCUUCUUCAAUAUCGGGGGCGAAUUUCUUGUGAACUUUGCGGGCUUCAUCAUUCCCGGCUACUAUUCCUUGGAUGCGCUCUUUAGUACCAGCAAGGUUGACGACACCCAAUGGUUGACGUACUGGGUUGUCUAUGCCUUCCUCACCGUUCUUGAGAGCGUGGUCAAUGCAGUCUACUGGUUCCCAUUCUACUAUGUCUUCAAGUUCAUCCUGAUCCUUUGGAUGGCCCUUCCCAUCACCAACGGCGCCCAAAUCGUCUUCAGCUCCUUCAUCCACCCAAUUUUCUCUCGCUUCUUCACCCAAACUGGAAGCGCUUCCGCAGAUGUCCGAGGCAAAGCUGAUGCCGCUUUCAAAAGCCAGUAA